GGGACGAGGGACGCGAGUACAAGGGGGAAGGGACGCGUAAGCGUUGAGCGAGAGAGCUAUCCAUAUUAUUUCCUCCGCGAUCUCUUUGCAACAGAAAAAUCCCAGCGUUCGCGUCCACAGGCGCGGCUUGGCGUCUCGAACUGGCCUUUUAUACGAGAAUAUGUCGUCCCUCGAUUAUUUGGAUUUGUGCCGAUUGUGUCUCGUGAAAGAUCGCGUCUCCGUGCCGAUAUUCGAGGGCGAGGGUGAUGUCCGACAGAUAUUCCUGAAAAUCGCCGCCUGCCUGCCGGUCAAGGUCGGCAGAGAGGACAAACUACCCAAGAAAAUAUGUGAUGACUGCGUGUACAAAGUAGAAUUAUUUUAUCAAUUUUGGAAUACAACGGCAAACGCCGAAAAACAACUUUUACAAUGGCUCGGAGAAGUGAGCAUGGACGACAAACAGGGAUAUGUCACGGGAGCCCACGAUCCGAGUAUGAUGAAACCUGGACAAAAUACGGGAGAAAAUCGACUGGACGGCUCCUCGGUGAUGCAACAAGUAAACGAGCACACAAACAACAUGGGGAUGGGAAUGAUGGACGGUAUGGGGAUUGGUAUGCCAAUGAUGAUCCCAAACUCCGGACAACAGCCUCAACAACAACAAAUGACCUCAGUUCCUAUGGACACGGGCGGUAACGCCGUGCAAAAUGUUCAACCCGUGCCCGGGCCUAGCGCACAGAUCGGCCAACAAAAAAUUAACGCCCCGACGAAUGAGGACGAGGAUGAGGAUGAAAGCGAAGAGGAAGAUAAUUCCGAUGACGAGUGUGACGGUGACGAUGGUUUACCGGUGAAAGAAGAAAGCGAAGAUGAACCUAACAGAACAAUCGAGCCCACGACCUUCGUAAACGUUUCACUGGCUUGCGACGAGGCUGGACCAUCGGGACUUCAGCAGCAAAAAAUCGGCGAAAUGCCAGAAAUGGUUAUGCCACCAACUGACGGCGAUCCCAAGUCAGGGGUUGCUCGGUUAUCGUAUUUCAAUACGAAGAGUCCAAUUGAGAAGAAUAAUCAUGGCAGUGAAGUGAAUCCAUGCAGGGACAAAUUAGGACCGACAGACGAACAACAACGACAACAACAACGGGAGAGUGCAAUUCUGAGCCCCCUGACAUCGGUGAGAACGACAACGGCGACUGAAAUGGUCAUCGAUAUCGCUGAAGAAAAGCCUGUCAAGGUCGAAGCCACGAUGGAAGGGACGAAUGUUUCCGAUAGAGCAGAACCAGCAGCAUCUCAAAUUUCCAUGAAUCGUGAAAAUCCUGAAAAAUCCAAUGAGACAUGCGAAUCAACGGUUCUUAAUCUUUUAAAGAAGGAAAAAAUCGUUGCCGUCAGCCCGGUGCUUAAAACAAUCGUGGAUUUCUUCAAGCAGAAACAAUCCGGAACGAAGAAACAAGUUUUCUUCAGAAUCGAGAAAAUGAAUGAUAGAGCUUCAAAUCGAGGGAUUAAUUCGACCACGAAUUCUAAAACGUCAACAACGACUCUCGAUCAAAGUUUUUCGGAUCCGGAUAUUCGAAGCAACGCGACACCGCCCGAUACGAACACGAUAAAUAAAAAUUAUUCGACGGCAAAUAACAUAACAGGAAACAUAAAUUUAGCAGAGAUUGCGCGAUUGAAAUCUGGCUCUCAGAUCACGGGAACAAUAAAUACCUUACCGAUGGAGUGUCUGCAAUCUGAAAAGUUCAUAAAACUGAGCAAAUUAUCGGGUCCAACAUUAGAGAAUAUCGUGUCUUCUGCAAGCACAGAAAAUUUGGAGAAAAUCCGUAAAAUGCCAAAGCUCGCAGUGGAUUAUACUCACAAAAAAAAAUUCGUUGGUAUCAGAAUAAUUUCGGGCAAAGAGUUGGAAAAAGUGUUACACUCUAAUGUGAGCCUGCCGGAAAAACCUCGAGAAAUCGAAGCUCCGAGUAGAGGAUUCGGUGACGUGGCUCGAUCGUCUACGAUACUCGUUGGAAAAUUUGGUGGCCGGAGAAAAUCUUCCAAUGCUCAAAUGCAGAAAGAAAAAGUGAACAUGAAAAGAAAUAAUGCUAACGACACGGUGUCGGCUCUGAAGUUGCGAGACGUUGUCGAGUGUCUUAACGAAAAGCCUGAUACCCUUGACCUCAUAAUUAACCAAGUAGCCACCAACUCUCUGCCGAUUGACAAUGUUUCAACGGAGAGGCCAAAAAAAUCUCAAAUUUUUGAUAAAACGAUGGGCUCCGGUCGCAAGCAGUUAGAGGAACGGGCGAGCCCAAAAAAAUCUCAGAUCGGUCAUUCCUCGAGUUCACUGUCGAGUACAAGUCGAAGAUCCCAAAGAUUGCUGGAAAUAGCUAAACAGAAGGAUUACAAAGGUCCAGUUUUUAAGCAACUGUUCGUCGAUCUUGGCUCCUUCAACCGAGAUUUCUUGAUCCGCAACAACGUUCAACCUUUCGCGUGUCCAAUCUGUCAUCGAAAAUUCAAGUAUCGUUUCGGUCUGCAGAAACACACGAGAGAGCAACAUCGUUGCGUGACUCUACAAUACGAUUGUGAAAUUUGUGACUUCAGCACAAAACAUUAUCCUCGUCUUCGCGAACACUUUAUGGAGCAACACACGAAUGAGAAUAAAUAUGAGUGCAAGGAAUGCGGCAAACUAUUCAGGCUUGAAUCAGAUUAUACGACUCAUUCCAAAAAACACGAGGAAGGAUCACGACCUUUAAACGCUACUGAAGAACCGUAUCCGAUUACGAAUUUCCUCCACGAUCCUAGGAAUUAUAGGGGCACCAUAAAAACUGAGUCUUUUCAAAACACAUUAAGCAAUAAGCGAUUGAGAAGUGGAAAGAGUCUGGGGAAUCAAACUAAACGUUGGAAACAAACCCACGAGCAACAAUUGUGGUGUCACGUUAAGGAGGAAACACAGUUUCGGGAAACUCUUGAAAACUCCCUUGCAUGAAAAAGAAAAUUAUUGUUAUGAGCAUCCACAAAAAUUAUUAUUUGUUAAUCGUUAUUUGGAAAAUAUUAUUUAAUCAAUUCUCGAGCUUAAUUCUUCCGAGAGUCGAUUUUGUGAUCGAAAUUAUAAACAGAUGUUAAGGCUGAUGCACCGAACAAAAGUAUCUAAGAAUUACUUAUUAAUCAAUAUGUUUAGUUUUCGUAAAUUAUGUUUUUCUACUAGUGCUAUGAAGCUAAUCUGUGCUUCAAGUUAUCCAAUUUAUUCUACAAUAUUCGUUAAUGAUCAUCAAAUGACAUUGUAUUUGGUUAUACGCAGAAUAAAGGAAAGCUGGUCAAUACUCUAA